GAUUAUUAAAAGCAAUUGAAAUAUAAGUUAUUGUCUGACAUUUGAAGUAAUAACUACUAAAUAGACAAUAUUUAUGGCAAAACCCGAAGUCGAGACGUUUGACGACAAGACAACUGCUGUUCUCAAACGUAAAGGAUAUAAAAUAUUGCAGAGUCUGAGUGCCGGUGCCUUUGGACAGGUGUACAAAGCCAUGAGCACUAAAGACAAUGAGUUGGUUGCCGUCAAAGUGAUGAAUCUGGAGAAGUGUUCGGAAAAGUUUAAGGAGAAGUUCCUUCCGAGAGAAAUGGCGGCUAUGAUUGAAGUCCAACACCAGAACAUAAUACAAGUCUAUGACAUAUUUAGAUCUAAUCGAAGGAUAUUUAUAUUUAUGGAGUUUGCAGGAAAUGGAGAUAUCGCUCAUUACCUUAAGAAAAACGGUGUACUCACUGAGGAAAAGGCAUACAUUUGGUUUAGUCAAGUGGCAGAUGGUCUCAAUUAUCUUCACACAGAAGUUCAUUUAGCGCACAGGGAUAUCAAGAUAGACAACAUAUUGCUUAACGACCAGAAUGUGGCCAAACUUACUGACUUCGGGUUCGCCAAAGUGUCGUGGGAUCAGAACACCAAUGAAGUCACUCUAUCCGAAACUUUCUGUGGCACUGAACCAUACUAUAGCCCACAGAUAGUUAUGAAACAAAAAUACGACCCAUUUAUGGCUGACUGUUGGGCAAUGGGUGUCGUCUUGUUUGCUAUGCUUAACAAUAAGUUUCCCUUUCAUUUUGGCAAAAAAUAUGGACCGAAAGGUAUGAUUAAGGAACAGGAGGACCCAAACCAUCUCAUCAAUCGAUUUAUUAAAGACUUUAGCAAACAUUUGAAGGAAUUAAUUGAAAGACUAUUAGAUCCACAGGAAAAGUCACGAAUGUCUAUGAGAGAGACACUCGGAUGUAAAUGGUUUAAGGAAAAAGGUAAAUGCACCUGUCGUUAAUUACAUACCUGUCCUACUUAUACUAUACCAUUUUGUCUCACAUUCAA